ACACUCCUGGCUGAGCACCCGGCUGCCCCGGCUGCCUCGGCCGCUGUGAGGCGGACCGCGAGGCGCCGGAGGGAGCGCAGCCGCGAUGCCGCUGGAACUGGAGCUGUGCCCGGGGCGCUGGGUGGGCGGACAGCACCCAUGCUUCAUCAUCGCCGAAAUCGGCCAGAACCACCAGGGCGACCUGGAGGUGGCCAAGCGCUUGAUCCGCACCGCCAAGAUGGCGGUUGAGUUUCUGCAUGAACUGAAUGUUCCCUUUUUCAAAGUUGGAUCUGGAGACACUAACAAUUUUCCUUAUCUGGAAAAGACAGCCAAAAAAGGUCGUCCAAUGGUGAUCUCCAGCGGGAUGCAGUCAAUGGCUACCAUGAAGCAAGUCUACCAGAUCGUGAAGCCCCUGAACCCCAACUUCUGCUUCCUGCAGUGCACCAGCGCAUACCCCCUCCAGGCCGAGGACGUCAACCUGCGAGUCAUCUCGGAAUACCAGAAGCUCUUUCCUGACAUUCCCAUAGGGUACUCGGGGCACGAAACAGGCAUAGCGAUAUCUGUGGCUGCGGUGGCUUUGGGGGCCAAGGUGUUGGAACGUCACAUAACUUUGGACAAGACCUGGAAAGGGAGUGAUCACUCGGCCUCGCUGGAGCCUGGAGAACUGGCUGAGCUGGUGCGGUCUGUGCGACUUGUAGAGAGGGCACUGGGCUCUCCCACCAAGCAGAUGCUGCCCUGUGAGAUGGCGUGCAAUGAGAAGCUGGGCAAGUCCGUGGUGGCCAAGGUGAGAAUUCCAGAAGGCACCGUGCUAACACUGGACAUGCUCACCGUGAAGGUCAGUGAACCUAAAGGCUGUCCUCCUGAAGACAUCUUUAAUCUCGUGGGCAAGAAGAUCCUGGUCACUGUUGAAGAAGAUGACACCAUCAUAGAAGAAUCUGUAGAAAAUCAUGGCAAAAAAAUCAAGUCUUAAAAUAAAGUGCCAUUCUGUCCA